GGAAAAUUCUUACAGUCUUUCCAUCUAUCUCCAGUUUCUUUCCAUUUUCUCUCAUACCCACCUCUCAGAAUCUCAAAUUUCAUUCUGGGUUCAUCACCACUCAUUUUCAAAACUUUUAACCUGAAAAAACUCUGUUAAAACCAACAAGAACAUCAGAAGCUGAACCAAGGACAAGAAGAAUCCAUCUAUGGAUCCUCACCAGCACAAUCAAGCUCAGCACAGCAAGCACGAGUCAUGGUCCGGAACCGACAGCCCCGGGAGUACCAAAGUAGGCUACAGCGGACCCAUGAGCGGACCACUGGUGACCAACAAGACCCGAAACAGCAGCAAGAAGAGCGCGAGAUUCAAGGACCAAAACGACUACGUAGAGAUCACUCUCGACGUGCGCGACGACGCCGUUUCGGUGCAGAACAUCAUAGGCGCCGGCGAUCAGGAGACGGCGCUGCUAGCGAGCAGACUCGAGCAGCAGCCGCGGGCGUCGCUCGGGUCCCAACUAUCAUUCCGACUAAAGCAAGUGUCGCAGGAGCUGCGGCGGAUCACUUCCAGCAAUGGCGCCGGCGGGGUCCGGGCGUUUGACAAGGUCGACAGGUCGAAGUCCGGUGCGGCUCGUGCCCUCAAGGGGCUUAAGUUUAUUACCAGAAGCACGGUGGGCAGCGGCGAAGACUGGUCCGAGAUUGAGAAGAGGUUUGAAGCUUUGGCUGUUGAUGGGUCACUGCCUAAAUCGCAGUUUGCGCAAUGUAUAGGGAUGAAGGAAUCCAAGGAAUUUGCUAGUGAGUUGUUCGAUGCAUUGGCUCGUAGGAGAGGAGUCGAAUCAAACUCAAUAAGCAAGCAGGAGCUACGUGUGUUUUGGGAGCAAAUUACAGAUCAGAGCUUUGAUGCCAGGCUACAAACUUUCUUUGACAUGGUGGACAAGAAUUUAGAUGGUCGGAUAACAGAGGAAGAAGUGAAAGAGAUUAUUGCUUUAAGUGCUUCUGCUAAUAAGCUGUCAAAGAUUCAAGAAAGUGCAGAGGAAUAUGCAGCGUUAAUCAUGGAAGAGCUUGAUCCAGACAAUCUGGGAUACAUUGAGCUUUACAAUUUGGAAACACUACUUCUCCAAGCUCCAAGCCAAUCAGCCAAUUUGGCAACAGAUAGUCGGGUGCUAAGCCAACUUCUGAGCCAAAAACUGGUACCCACCAAGGAGAGGAACCCAAUCAAGAAAUGCUUCAAGGGCCUGACCUACUUUGUUGAGGACAAUUGGAAGAGGAUCUGGGUUAUGGCUCUCUGGAUUGCAGUUUGCGCCGGCCUCUUCGCCUGGAAAUUCAUUCAGUACAAAGACCGGGCUGUGUUCGAUGUCAUGGGCUAUUGUGUCACCACCGCUAAGGGCGCUGCCGAGACCACAAAGCUCAACAUGGCCCUAAUUCUCCUCCCGGUAUGCAGAAAUACCAUUACUUGGCUCAGAAGCAACACCAAGUUAGGAGCCAUUCUGCCCUUUGACGACAAUAUCAACUUUCACAAGGUGAUUGCCGCAGGGGUUGCGAUCGGAGUAGGGUUACAUGCGAUAGCGCAUUUGACGUGUGAUUUUCCGAGACUAUUACAUGCUACCGACGCAGAAUACGAGCCGAUGAAGCAGUUUUUCGGUGAGAAGCGGCCUCCAAACUACUGGUGGUUUGUGAAAGGAACAGAGGGUUGGACUGGUGUUACAAUGGUGGUACUCAUGACUAUAGCUUACAUAUUGGCUCAACCUUGGUUCAGACGUAACAGAGUAAACCUACCCAGAUUCUUGAAGAAGCUCACCGGAUUCAACGCCUUCUGGUACUCGCAUCAUCUCUUUGUUAUCGUCUAUGGUCUCUUCAUUGUUCACGGAUACGUCCUCUUUCUCUCCAAGGAAUGGUACAAGAAAACCACAUGGAUGUACCUAGCUAUUCCGAUAUUAUUAUAUGCAUGCGAACGUCUGGUUCGUGUGUUUAGAUCAGGAUACAAGUCUGUAAAAAUUUUGAAGGUUGCGGUAUACCCAGGAAACGUACUGUCUCUGCAUAUGUCUAAACCUCAAGGAUUCAAAUACACCAGCGGGCAAUACAUUUUUGUAAAUUGCUCAGAUGUUUCGCCAUUUCAAUGGCAUCCCUUCUCCAUUACUUCAGCUCCUGGAGACGAUUACCUGAGCAUUCAUAUUCGUACUUUAGGUGACUGGACUGCACAACUCAAAGCUGUGUUCUCUAAGGUAUGCCAGCCUGCUUCAGUCGAUCAAAGUGGCCUUCUAAGGUCUGAUGCUGAACAAGCCAACAACAAACCCAGGAUGCCUAAGCUCUUGAUCGACGGCCCUUAUGGAGCUCCAGCACAGGACUACAGAAACUAUGAUGUUCUCCUCCUCGUUGGACUCGGCAUUGGUGCCACUCCCUUAAUCAGCAUUGUCAAAGAUGUGCUUAACAACAUUAAGCAGAUGAAAGAAAUUGAAGAUGGAGAAAUGGAAGGUGGAGUUAAAACUAACAAGAACAAAAAACCUUUCGCUACCAAACGAGCCUAUUUCUACUGGGUCACUCGCGAGCAAGGUUCGUUUGAGUGGUUCAGAGGUGUGAUGAACGAAGUCGCUGAAUACGAUCAUGACAGGGUAAUUGAGCUCCACAAUUACUGUACGAGCGUCUACGAAGAAGGGGACGCUCGGUCUGCCCUGAUCACAAUGCUUCAAGCACUUCACCACGCUAAAAAUGGUGUUGACAUCGUAUCCGGUACUCAAGUCAAGACCCACUUCGCCAGACCUAACUGGCGCAACGUUUUUAAACGUGUCGCGGUUAAUCACGUUAAUCAACGUGUCGGAGUAUUUUACUGUGGUGCACAAGGAUUGACAGGGGAAUUGAGAAGACUAUCUCAAGAUUUCUCCAGGAAAACUACAACCAAGUUUGAUUUCCACAAAGAGAACUUCUAA